AGCAACUUCCGUCCAGCAAUUUGUAGCAACUUCCGAAGCGAAAGCAGGAACUACAUGGUGGCAACUUUUAGCUCUCAGUGGCAAGUGGGACCAUGGAAAGAAUAACUGUGCCCCCUGUGGGCCCCAUGGACUUGCCUAUGUCCCUACUGGAGAUGGGUUGUUCUGGCAGGUUUGAGCUCAUAACACACCCUGUGCCUGACCAGCCGUUACCUCCACAGAGCACGCUUCCCCAUGGGCUUCCACCAACCAGCCUGAACCUGGAGACGGAAGUCGAGAAACAGUUUUUACGGGACCCUGCCUGGCUUCCUAUUCAUGACACAGACUUUGCCUUUCAGAAGUUUCUAAAAGUGACUCAGAGGAAGACUAAUGUCGACUCUUUGCUCCACUGCACUCCCUCUCCUCUUCACUCUGGGGUCUCAGUAGUCAGAGACCCAACCACAGGGAUGCUGCUGGACUUCACAGAGGUGUUAGUGGAGAACACUGGCCUGUCAGCCAAGAACUCGCUAUCACUGCAGCGACAACCUGGGCCUCCCGCAGAGAGCCUUCGAGGAAGCAACACUAACUACCCCUUCCUCCCAGGUGGAAUGGAGGAACUCUCUCUGGACCAGAUUAAGAAGAAAUUGGAGCUGGAGGAGGAAAUAGACUUUGAGAAUGAUUUGUUGAGAGUCGCCCCGGGACUUAAAGCUGGGAUGGACUUUAAUAAAAAAGAUGAUAAAAUAGCAAAGGCAGAGGUCAACCUCAUGUCCCUCCUGUCUGUACUGGAUGACAUCACUGAUCUUCAGCCUGAGGCUGAGGAGAAGGAUGAAGGCAAAGAAAGUGAAGAAGCCCCCAAAUUACCAAGAACAAAUAGCCUUGAAGACUUGGGCAUCAAGGAUGCUGUGUCAUCCGCAUCUCACUCAGAGACAGGAAAAGAGGAGAAAUCAAAACCAAAAGAAAACCCAGAGGAAAAGAAGAAGUGGGCCAUUCCUGUGGACAUAACAUCACCCUGUGUUGAUUUCUAUAAGCUUAUCCCCAACCCAGCGUUCAAGUGGCCCUUUGAGCUGGAUGUUUUCCAGAAACAGGCUGUGCUGAGGCUGGAAGCUCAUGACUCCGUAUUUGUAGCUGCACACACAUCAGCUGGCAAAACAGUGGUGGCUGAAUAUGCCAUCGCUCUCUCGCAGAAACACAUGACCAGGACCAUCUACACAUCUCCUAUCAAGGCUCUGUCCAAUCAGAAGUUCAGAGACUUCAAAAACACCUUUGGAGAUGUUGGACUCUUAACGGGUGACGUCCAGCUCAGUCCUGAAUCUUCCUGUCUCAUCAUGACCACAGAGAUCCUCAGGUCUAUGCUCUACAACGGCUCAGAGGUCAUCAGAGACUUGGAGUGGGUGAUCUUUGAUGAGGUUCACUACAUCAAUGAUGCUGAAAGAGGUGUUGUGUGGGAAGAGGUCUUGAUUAUGCUUCCCGAUCACGUCAGUAUCAUUCUCCUCAGCGCCACUGUGCCAAAUGCUCUGGAAUUCAGCGAGUGGAUCGGUCGUAUCAAGAAGAGGCAUAUUUAUGUGAUCAGCACAAUGAAGAGGCCUGUACCUUUGGAGCAUUACCUGUACACUGGAAACAGCAGCAAGACUCAGAAAGAGAUGUUUUUACUGGUGGAUGCUACAGGAAACUUCUUGACUAAAGGAUAUUACGCAGCUGUUGAUGCUAAGAAGGAGCGCACUAGUAAACAUGCUCAAUCAUUUGGCACUAAAAACACAUCUCAAAACACUUCAGCUAGUCAGGACCGGUCAGUGUGGCUCACCCUCCUCCGCUUCCUGUCCCAGCGGCAGCAGACCCCAGUGGUUGCUUUCACCUUCUCUCGGACGCGGUGUGAUGACAACGCCCGCUCGCUGGACUCUAUGGACCUCACCACCUCCAUAGAGAAGGCCGAAAUCCACUCCUUCUUCCAGAAGAGCCUCAGUCGCCUGCGAGGAGGAGACCGGCAGCUUCCUCAGAUCUUGCUGAUGAGGGACCUGCUGAAGAGAGGCAUUGCAGUCCAUCAUAGCGGGAUCCUGCCCAUCCUGAAGGAGGUCAUUGAGAUGCUUUUCUCACGAGGUCUCGUAAAGGUGUUGUUUGCCACUGAGACGUUUGCGAUGGGAGUGAACAUGCCCGCCAGGACUGUGGUUUUCGACAGCAUCAGAAAACACGACGGGACCGGCUUUAGAAAUCUGCUGCCUGGUGAGUAUAUUCAGAUGGCGGGUCGAGCGGGAAGGAGAGGUCUGGAUGCCACAGGCACCGUGAUUAUACUGUGUAAGGCCGGUGUUCACGAGAUGGCAGAUCUACAUGUCAUGAUGCUGGGUAAGCCUACCAUCCUCCAGUCCCAGUUCAGACUGACCUACACUAUGAUUCUCAACCUGCUUCGAGUCGAAGCUCUCCGAGUGACUGACAUGAUGAGAAGGAGCUUUUCUGAAAGCCAUAGAGACACUCAGGCGCACGAGAAGAGGAUCAGCCAGCUGAAGCAGUCGUUGUCCUCUAUCCCUCCUCUGGACACCGACGGCCAGCUGUCAGACUUGAUGCCGUACUACCACACCGUGACGGAGCUGCGAACCACCACAGAAGCCCUCCAGCAAGCCAUCCUGGAGUCUGUGAACGGACUGAAAGCACUCUCCGUGGGUCGAGUUGUGGUGGUUAACAACAAACAGCAUCUCAACGCACUGGGAGUUAUCCUCCAGGUGUCCAAUGAUGCUAUGAAUCGCUCUUUCACAGCUCUUAUUAUCUGUGAGAAGGGCAAUGAGGAAGGGGAAGGAAAAGGCAACAACUACACCGCUUUCCCACACCUCUACAACACCGCCCUGUUCAUACCUGAUGGCCCGUGUAGCCACACAGUGCAGAAGCUGAAGCUUCAGGACAUCUCAGGUAUCACAGUGAAGACCCUUAAAGUGAUUCCUGAAAGAAUCAUUGAUAACUACAACAAGAGACAGCAACCUCGAUUCAAACACGAUCCUCCUGGCCAAGCCAUUUCCACGGCAACACAGGAGCUCUUGCGGUUAGCCGAGGCCAACCCUGAUGGCAUAGCGACCCUCGACCCAGUGAACGACCUCCAGCUGAAGAGCGUGGAUGUGGUGGAGGACACCAUGAGGGUCCGCGUGCUUCAAGACAGCCUCAGGAGUUUCAACUGCAUCCACUCUCCUACUUUUGCAGAGCAGUUUGCUCGGGUUAAGGAGAGAAUGAGUGUGCAGGAGGAGCUGGACCGGCUGCUGUUCCUGGUGUCCGAUCAGUCUCUGACUCUGCUGCCUGAAUACCAUCAGAGGAUCAAGGUCCUUCAGUCUCUUCAGUACGUGGACAGCAGCGGGGCGGUGCAGCUAAAAGGCAGAGUAGCUUCUCAGAUCAGCAGCCACGAGCUGCUGCUGACCGAGCUGCUGUUCGAGAACGCACUAAGCCCCCUGGCACCCGAGGAGAGCGCCGCCCUGCUGUCCUGCUUGGUCUUCACUCAAAACACUCAGGUGGAGCCACACAUUACCAACACACUCCAGGAGGGUAUCGAUCGAGUGCUGUCAGUAGCUAAGCGAAUCGGAGAGCUGCAGCAGGAUUGUGGGAUAUCGCAGACAGCCGAGGAAUUUGUAGGCCAGUUCAAGUUCGGCCUGACUGAAGUGGUGUACUGCUGGGCCAGAGGCAUGCCUUUCGCAGACAUCGCCCAGCUUACAGACGUCCAGGAGGGCACGGUGGUCCGCUGCAUACAGCGCCUGGACGAGGUGCUGAAGGAGGUGCGACAGGCCGCACGCAUAGUGGGAGACUCCGUCUUAGGGAGCAAAAUGGAAAAGGCUUCUUUGGCCAUCCGCAGGGACAUUGUUUUCACCGCUUCCCUCUACACCCACUGAGGUGUAGAGGGGUGAGGAUUCCAAGGAAUGUGGGGGGAUGCCUAUGAUGUGUAUUUGUGUGUAAAAAAAUGUGAGAAAGAUGGAGGUGUUGUAUAUGGAGGAGGUGCUGAAUGUGCCUAUGCAUGUUGAUGUUUACAUGAAAACUAAAGAUUAUGAACAAGACACUGAUUUUAACCCAACAGACCAAAGUACAGACGAUAAGAGAGAAGAUAAAAUCUGGAUUGUCCUUUUUUUGUACAGGAAUAAAAUCUCUGUU